UUUCAAAAAGCCAGUGGGCCAUGGCUGGCUUCCCACAUCUACCUGCUCAGCGCUGGUCACGGCUCCCUCCCCUGCCGGGUGGGCAGUGGGACAUCCAGACCCUGCCAAUGGGUCCCCGUGGACCAGGGGAGGAAACCACCGAUCCAUCCCCUCCUGAGCCCGGGCUCUCUGUCCCUGACGCCCGCGCCCUGUCCUCGGACCCACGCUUCUGGACAGUGUCGUCCUGUCAUUUAAAGCCACGUGAGCAGAUCACGCCGCUGAAACCGCCGCCACGCGGCCGUGACCUCAUGCCUGACCCAUACAAUGUGACCGAAUUCAUCCUCCUGGGACUUUCUCCCAAUCAGCAGGUGCAGAGGGUUUGCUUUGCGGUGUUUCUGCUCUUGUACGCCGCAGUUGUGCUGGGGAAUCUCCUCCUCGUGCUCACCGUCGCGGCCAGCACCAGCCUCGCUUCUCCCAUGUACUUCUUCCUCGGCUCCCUGUCCCUGGUGGAGAUCUGCUACUCCUCCACCACGGCCCCCAAACUCCUCUCGGACCUGCUGGCCCGGAGGAAAGCCAUCUCGGUGGGGGGCUGCAUGGCACAGCUUUUCUUCCUGCACUUCUUCGGCGGCAUUGAGAUGUUGGUGCUGACGGCGAUGGCCUAUGACCGCUACGUGGCCAUCUGCCGGCCUCUGCACUACGCGGCCAUCAUGAACCGGCGGGUGUGCGCGGCCCUCGUGGGCGUGGCCUGGGCGGGAGGCCUCGUGCACUCCCUUGCCCAGGUCCUUCUCAUCUUCCCGCUGCCCUUCUGUGGCCCCAACGUGAUUGACCACUACUUCUGUGACGUGCUUCCCCUGCUCCAACUGGCCUGCUCAGACACCUUCCUCGUGGGUCUCCUGAUUGUUGCCAACGGGGGGACCCUGUCUGUGGUCAGCUUUGUGGUCCUGUUGGCAUCCUACGUGGUCAUUUUGGUCCAUCUGAGGACCCGCAGCUCUGAGGGGCGGCGCAAAGCCCUCUCCACCUGCGGAUCCCACGUCACCGUGGUAACCUUGUUCUUCGCACCUUGUGUCUUCAUCUAUCUGAGGCCGUCUGCCACUCUGCCUGUGGACAAGCUGGUAGCCGUGUUCUACACCGUGAUCACCCCACUCCUCAACCCCGUCAUCUACUCCCUGAGAAACGCGGAAGUGAAGAGGGCCGUGAAGAAUCUGUGGACCAGGACCGUGCAGCCGGUGACAGACAGAGGCUGAGUCUUGGUUUGGGUCCCUGGGUUUGGAGCGAUUUUGAGUCCAAACUGAAGGGUGCCGUGGGUAGGUGGAAAGUUCACCCGGCUUGCUGGUCCUGGGGUUAUGGUAUCUGUGUGCACCUUCAAAAUGUUCAUUUUAGUCAUUUGUGAAAUGUAUCUUUAUGGUUGUCCCGUAACAUACCUAGGCACAAAAUUUUUACUACACUAAGUAACACUGUGCUGCCUGCCUGCCUAUCUUGAACAGAAAUCCUCGCCUGUCCUGGUUUCGUGCACACCGCCUUCCGAUAGUAAAUUUGUCAUGACGCAGUGUCACCCUGACUCGUGGCUUCUAAAGGGCUCUGAGCAGCAUCGCGCUGCCACUAAACACUUUAGAACGAGGUCCAAGCCGUUACAUUGUCUCCCAGUGUCUCCUAACGAGGUGUUCAUUGAUUACCAAGGGGAAAUGAGAUCAUGACUUCAUAGCCCGCUCCCCCUUACAGUUUCCCAAAAUUAACGUCGCAGGACUGAGGUGAAUCGGCGCCGUGUGUUUCCUGAUGUGACGGACUCGUACAGCUCCCAAAGUCGCUGCUGCCCAAGGCACCCGAGCGGGGUUGAGCGCGACCAGGCGCACACACGGCGGAACCGGAAGCGCAGCGCCUGCGCACUGGGGCCACUGAAGCUGCACUGUGGGGGGCGCGGCCUGGCCCCCUCCCUGGGUCAGAGGGCGGGUGCUAGAGGGCCGAGCUGCUAGGCGAGCUAAUGUCGAAAAUCAGUAAUAUCCUGGGAUCUGGGAGUGGAGCGUUUAGAUACCUAGAGACAAAAGGCAUUUCAGAAAAUAUAUGUAAGGUACCCGACGUGCUGUUUUUAUAUAAAUAUACACAGCGAAAUGAUUAGUGUAGUAAAACAAAUGAACAUGCCCAUCACCUUCCAGAGUUCGCUUCUUUUUAAUAAGCACGCCAGAACUCUACUCUGUCACCAAAUUCUUGGUUUUCGUAGUAUUCUUAACUGUAAUUACCAUGCCAUGCCUCAUAGACGUAUUCAUGCUAUCACUACAACAUUAUUUAACUCUUUCUCCCUAUUCCACUGUGUGAGCAAAACUCUACCUAUCUUUCUGACUUUGCGUCUACUUAUUAAGUAAACGAAUUAUGAAGAAAAUGCGGCAAGGUACCAACUUUUGGGAAAUCUCAUUUACGGAAUAACAGGAGCUAUUAUUCUUCACACUUUCGCAUGUUUGGACAAGCCAAAUUACAACAGAAGGUGCAAAAAUUGCAAACUAGACUUCCUAUUGUUAUUUAAUUUGCUUUUCUCUGAUUUGUAUGGGUAUAUUUUUAAAUGGGUUUAAACCUUGCUUAAAAAUUAAUCACUUAUUCUUC